CGGAGGAUGCGAGCACUGCAACAGCGGCUUCACCCGCACCUCCAGCAGCUCCGCCGACAGUUAUUAUUAUUUUUUUUGGCUGAGCUGCACAUUUCCUGCUUCAGUGUCUCGGGCUCUGCGACUCGCUGCCUAUUCGCCGCGGGUCUGGCGCAGCAGUAGUUUGUGACGCUGAAGCUAGGGGUCCGUGACUUCCUUCUGAGGGUGGUGAAAGCCGGGGAGUUCGGAACUGGGGGUUCUGGCCAAGGCGAGCGGAUCCAAAGGCAGGGCAGAAGUCUGACUUUCCCCCGGCUCGGUGGAUUCCCCAGCAGGGGCUCGGUCCAGCAGUGCUGUUUCGGUGCGUGAACGCGGAGCAGGCUGGAGCCUGCCUCUGGCUUCGCUCAGGUCCAGGUUCUGAGCGGGGUUCCGAGAAGAUGCUGUGCUUGCCCACCGUCCUGCUCGCGUUCUUAGAAGCCCGAGUCGGGGAGAAAGUGGAGCCGGGCAACUGACAAGCUCGGAAGGUCUGGUGGAAGGAAGCUUCCUCCGCGGAGCCUGGGCAUUUCAUCCUCCCCGGAGGAAGAUCUGCCUGCAUUGCAAGUGCCCUCAGGGAGAGCACAUGGUGACAGUGAUGCCCCUGGAGAUGGAGAAGACUGUCAGCAAACUCAUGUUUGACUUCCAGAGGAACUCGACCUCGGACGACGACUCAGGCUGUGCCUUGGAAGAGUACGCCUGGGUCCCGCCAGGUCUGAAGCCUGAACAGGUUCACCAAUACUAUAGCUGUCUUCCAGAAGAAAAAGUUCCUUAUGUCAACAGUCCUGGCGAGAAACUGCGAAUCAAGCAGCUAUUACACCAACUGCCACCACAUGACAAUGAGGUUCGCUAUUGCAACUCCCUGGACGAGGAAGAGAAAAGAGAGCUAAAGCUCUUCAGCAACCAGAGGAAACGUGAGAACUUGGGUCGAGGGAAUGUCAGGCCCUUCCCAGUCACAAUGACAGGAGCAAUUUGUGAGCAGUGCGGAGGCCAGAUUAAUGGCGGAGACAUUGCUGUAUUUGCAUCACGCGCUGGUCACGGUGUUUGCUGGCACCCGCCAUGCUUCAUAUGCACCGUCUGCAACGAGCUUCUCGUGGAUCUGAUCUACUUUUACCAAGAUGGGAAGAUAUACUGUGGCAGGCACCACGCCGAGUGCCUGAAGCCGCGCUGUGCUGCCUGCGAUGAGAUCAUCUUUGCAGAUGAAUGCACGGAAGCCGAGGGCCGGCACUGGCACAUGAAACACUUUUGCUGCUUCGAGUGUGAGACGGUGCUCGGCGGUCAGCGUUACAUCAUGAAGGAGGGAAGACCCUACUGUUGCCAUUGCUUUGAGUCCUUAUAUGCGGAAUAUUGCGACACUUGUGCUCAACACAUAGGAAUUGACCAGGGUCAGAUGACCUAUGAUGGCCAACACUGGCAUGCCACUGAAUCCUGUUUCUGCUGUGCUCACUGCAAAAAGUCCCUCCUGGGCCGGCCUUUCCUUCCCAAGCAGGGCCAGAUAUUCUGCUCGAGGGCGUGCAGUGCUGGGGAGGACCCCAAUGGCUCGGAUUCAUCUGAUUCAGCCUUCCAGAAUGCCAGGGCCAAAGAGUCCCGGCGCAGUGCCAAAAUUGGCAAGAACAAGGGCAAGGCGGAGGAGCCCAUGCUGAACCAGCACAGCCAGCUGCAAGUCACCCCCAACCGGCUCUCCGCAGACGUGGACCCCUUGUCGCUGCAAAUGGACCUGCUCAGCCUGUCCAGCCAGACACCCAGCCUCAACCGAGACCCCAUUUGGAGGAGCCGGGAUGAGCCCUACCAUUAUGGGAACAAGAUGGAGCAGAACCAAUCCCAGAGUCCUUUGCAGCUCCUCAGCCAGUGCAACAUCAGAACUUCCUACAGCCCGGGAGGGCAGGGGGCCGGGGCGCAGCCUGACAUGUGGGCCAAGCACUUCAGCAACCCCAAAAGGAGCUCUUCACUGGCCAUGAAGGGGCAUGGGGGCAGCUUCAUUAAGGAGUGCCGGGAGGACUACUACCCUGGCAGACUGCGAUCCCAGGAGAGCUACAGUGAUAUGUCUAGUCAGAGCUUCAGUGAGACCCGAGGAAGCAUCCAAGUCCCUAAAUACGAGGAGGAAGAGGAGGAGGAAGGGGGCCUGCCUGCUCAGCAAUGUCGGACCCGUCAUCCUAUCAGUUCCCUGAAGUACACAGAGGACAUGACGCCCACAGAGCAGACUCCUCGGGGCUCCAUGGAGUCGCUGGCCCUGUCCAAUGCAACAGGCCUCUCUGCAGAUGGUGGUGCCAAACGCCAGGAGCACUUGUCCCGAUUUUCCAUGCCUGACCUGAGCAAAGACUCUGGGAUGAAUGUCUCUGAGAAGCUGAGCAACAUGGGCACCCUUAACUCGUCCAUGCAGUUCCGGAGCGCAGAGUCGGUCCGCAGCCUGCUCUCCGCCCAGCAGUACCAGGAGAUGGAGGGCAACCUCCACCAGCUCGGCAACCCCAUCGGGUACAGAGACUUGCAGUCCCACGGGAGGAUGCAUCAGAGCUUCGACUUUGACGGGGGCAUGGCGGGCGGCAAGCUGCCGGGGCAGGAGGGCGUGAGGAUCCAGCCCAUGAGCGAGCGCACUCGCAGAAGAACUACGUCCCGAGACGACAGCCGCCGCUUCCGACCGCACCGGUCCCGGCGAUCCCGCCGCUCGCGCUCCGACAAUGCCCUGCACCUGGCCAGCGAGCGCGAGGCCAUCUCCCGCUUGAAAGAGCGGCCGCCGCUGCGAGCCCGGGAGGACUACGACCAGUUCAUGCGCCAGCGAAGCUUCCAGGAGAGCCUGGGCCAGGGGUCCCGGAGGGACCUGUACGGCCAGUGCCCGAGGACUGUGUCCGACCUGGCGUUGCAGAACGCCUUUGGGGAACGCUGGGGACCAUACUUUGCCGAGUAUGAUUGGUGUUCCACCUGCUCCUCCUCUUCGGAGUCUGACAACGAGGGCUAUUUUCUAGGAGAACCCAUCCCGCAGCCAGCCCGCCUUCGAUACGUGACCAGCGACGAGCUGCUGCACAAAUACAGCUCCUACGGCCUCCCCAAGUCUUCUACUUUAGGUGGCAGGGGACAGUUGCACAGCCGGAAGAGGCAAAAGAGCAAAAACUGUAUCAUUUCUUAAUAAGAUCGGGGCCAGGGCAUGGGGGAGAUGGGAGCUAAGAAUGUAAAUUCAGGAACUUGCACUGUUAUUAAAUGUUAAAGCGCUUUGGGGGUGUGGUGGAGGGGGGCGGGGGGAAGAAGAGGGGAGUGCUCUCUUUGACGGAGGCAAGGUUACAGACUGACUCAUAGGUAGUCACCAUUCUUGGCAUGUUGCAUAUUAUUUGCACAUUUCACUUUGAAAAUGCUACAGACUCUGUUGAAAAGGGCCAGGGUUGGUCACCUCCUUCCCGUCUGUCUGUACUGAGUUGCCACUCAAAGGAUGGCAAAUUGUUUCUUGCUCGCUUAUUUCCUCUCUGGUUCUCUAACUUUUAGGAUUCCCCCCUCCCCUUUCUCCCCUCAGUAUGUAAUUUGUUUAUUAGCCAGGACCCAAGACUAAGUUAUUUACAUGUCCAUUGUAAAUGCAAUGUAAAUGAGAGUUCUGAUAAAAAUAUUUUUGUAUUUUGUAAUAUCAAAGGAAUUUCUAUAUCGUAGGACUCAGUGGAGAUUUGCAUGCAUAUCCAGCGUUGUCUUUGAGUAGUAUCCAAAAGUGGUCCAGGACCCCCUUUAUUCCUUUUUCUUUUUUCUAUACAAAUUUGUUACGUGUCAGUGAGACCUUUUUCAAAGGAGUUUAUUCAAUUUGGCUUUUUGUGAUUGACAAAAAGAAACUAAUCAUUAGACCCAAAGCAUUUUAUGCUCCAGUCCUUCUUAAGAAGCCAUCCUUAAGUCCGCUCCCACCCUCAGUAGAAUUUAUUAUCUACAAAGUGAUAGUUUUUUUUUAUUGCACCUUUUGCCACUUAGAAAAACCAACCAGUGUCAGUAGAGUUCCGUGAGAAAUGCCAUCCCUGCUGGGAAUGUAGAAGUUGCUUUCUGUGGAUCCAAUCCUUGGGGAACAUACAAGUGACUGUUAGUGGUGCCAUUGUGUGGUGUCAGCAUGAUGUUUGUUUUGAGUGUGGCAUUAUUUUCUGGUGCUCAGAUGUCCUGGAUUGUAUUAUCUGCUUUCCCUUACCAAGGCAGAUAGAACCACUGCCUUAGCCUGACAACCAGUUGUCCUUGGUGCAAAUGAACUUAAACUUUAGGAAUUUAGGGACAGAAAGGUUCUGUGGGGCCCUGGGAAUGACACUGGGUUCUCUAUUGUGUGUCCCAUGUGGAAAAGCGAAAAAAGGGCAACUUGAACAUAGGAAGCAGGUUGAGGGUAGAGACAGAAGGGGGAUUAAAAGGUCAGUCAUGGCAAAGAACUUUGAGAACUAAAGUCCAGGAGAGGUUACAACUGCUUGGAAGAGCCCCAGUGAUUAUAGAAAGAAUCUGGUUUAAAGCAGCCAUGACCAUAGUAUCUGGGUGAUGCAAGUAGGUUGAGCUGCUCGGAGAUUACAGUGCAAUGGCCUUGAAAAACAAAUUUUGUUGAAAGGGAGAUUUCCAUUUUGAACUUUGGGAACUGUUGGUCAGAUAGAAAACGGGCUCCAAAGUGAGUUUGCUUAACAACAUUUACCGGUUGUGUUUAUAGUGAAAACAAAAACAAAACAAAACAAAAAAAUAAUAAAAAAAACAAAAAAAAACAAAAAAAAACAAAAAAAAGCCUCAAAAACUUUUUUAGCUUGCUUCAGUUAAAAAUGAAGCCUUUGCUUCUUCUUCCAUUCUCUUCCUCCCCUUAAUGAAUUGUGGCAGUUGAAAUAAUCCAUCACAGGACCCACCUUUAGUGAGGUGUACUCUCGCUGUGUACACAAUGUAUUUCAGUGGCCUUCUGCCCUGGUGAGGUGAGUGUGGUCUCUUUUCAGUAUAGUAGUUAAUAUUUUCUAGUAUUUUUUUAUGGAAAGAAUGUGAAAGGUGGCUUUUCAGACACCAUCCCAAAUGGGUCUGGGGAAAUGAAGGCUUUAAAGGACAUGGAAAUCGUACUCCAUUCAGGAUGUAUUAAACUAAUUUGCUUUUCAGGUAUUAAUAUGACAUUUGUCAUUGUCACCGAUUUUUUUUAAGCAAUGCAAAUGUUGGUUGUGGCUGUUUUCCGCAUGCUAUCUUCAUAUCUAAAUGCUUCAUUAAUUAUUCGAGCCUCUGGAGAAUUAACUCUAUUAUGUUUGUAUAGUAAGUUUGUAAACUGCUUGGCAAACUGAUUAAGAAAUAAUGUGCAACACCACGCUACUAAAGUGGUAGGUUUCUGGUAGAUAACGAGAGAGUCCAAUUUAAAGUUUGGAGUUCCUUGCCUGAAAUGAAUAAAAAGCAUUUUGGAAAAAGUGAAGGGGGCAAGGAAGUAGAUGACUCAAUUUAGCUGAAAAAAAAAACUCUGUCCUCAGUAGCCUUGAAUCCAGUGAAAGAAAUUCUCCUAGUAAAUGUUGCUUUCUAACUGUCCUUUCAGAGUACCACUUAUAUUUCCCAGAUGAGGCUUUAACCACCAUCAGCAAAAAGAAGGUGGCCUAGAAAUGCAGUAUCCACAAGGAUCUAGAGGAAUGAACAAGUUCAGAGUGAGCUGUUGAGAGAGCAUCUGGCAACUAAGCUGGUCAGUGCAUGAGAAAGUGAGACCCUAGCCUUAGGGUCAAACUACAAGAGAAAAUGGCCUCCAUCUAUUGCUCUAUUGCGUUUCUUCUUCCUACCCCACUCCACCUAUCGCCAGCCACCCUACAGAGAAAUGCUGAAUGGAUGAGGGAUAAAUCUUUCCAUUUAUGGGGGACGCUCUGAGUGAACACCUGAAAAAAGACAGGAUGCAUUUUACUAGGACUUCUACCAUUAGUAAUAAUUCACACUUCCAGAAUUCCAUUCCUCCAUUGUGUUCUUCUUUAAGGAAAGAACUCAGGAACUUAACUGAUUCCUCCAUAAUAAAAUAAAUUAUUCUGGUUUAUAUUUUGCCUGUAAAUGGGGUUUGUGUCUCAACUCUUUUUGGAUUAUUAUUUCAUCGCUUAUGUGCUGUGCUUCAGAAUUAUCUUUUCCCAGAUCCCUCUUUUUACUAAUCCCCUGUUUGUUUUCUACCUUUCUUCAGAGUGAUUGUUUUGUCUUUUGAUUAAAACCAUAACUUUGGAGUUCCAUUCAUCUCCUCUUGCUCCCCAAUUCAAUAGCCACAGAGCUGGCUCUUGUACAGGUAGAAGUUUUUGACAGUUUUCUGAAUAGCCCUCCAAACACAUACCAUCUCUGAUAAUGAAAACAGUCUUCCUUGUGGUAUUCAUCAUAAGAUUCAGGAGCCCUUUCUUCUGCUGUAUUAUUCUGGCAUCUCUACCAAAAAUGAAGCUGAAAAAAAAUCAGAUCCCUAAUUACUGGUUUUGCAAAUAUUCAUAGGUAUAGAAUCCGUAUUAUUGUUUGGUAUUUUCCAUGUUCAUCUUUUGUUCUCUGGUUCUUCCUUUUCACCUUUAAUAAACCCAAUGCAUAAACAAUUUUUUGUUUCUAAUAUGGAGCCAAAGACAGCUUUUUCUCGUCUUCUUUUCCCAUUCUAUAGAAUGCUCCAACAACGCAAUGAAGUGAUAUUUCCUUCCUCUGAAGCAGCUUUCUACUCUUUGGGUACCAGGAGCCAUUGUUGAGUAAAGGUCAAGUUGUCAGUGAUGGUGUGUCUGUAGCACAUGCUCUACUAUUCCUGAAAUUUGGGCAUAUCUAACCAAUGUAUCACUCUAUACUUUCCCAGGAAGGAUGGAUAUAGCCUCAGAAAUCUUUGCAAUCCUCUAACUAGCUAACACCAAUUAAUUAGAAUUGAUCUUAUUAGUUUGCUAACAAAUCUUUCUGUGAACUGAUCCUUACUCAUCUUUUCAUCCUGGACUUUUUCCUACUGGCCAGAACAGUACAGUAGUCACUUGGAGGCAUCACUUCACAAUUGUGGGACUUCAAUUCCUGUGACCCCAGAUUACAGAUGCCAAAGGUGGAUGACCUUUUUUAGGUGAAACAAUGAGAAAUAUCUUUGGUCUUCUUUUCCAUUUUUGUGUUGUUUGCCAAUUAUUGAGGCAGCCUUUUGUUCACCAUUUUGCAGAGGUCAGAUAAAAUUCUCUUCUUUAUAUAUAAUCCUCUAACAAGAAAUAAUACAAAUAUUUAAAUUCCAAGGAGAAGUGCUCUUGGUGUAUAUCUGCCUAACAGAAACCAGAUGCUAACACACAAAGAUUUAUGACAUUGGAAAAAUGGAACCAGUUCCCUGAAUAUUUCAUGCCAGAAGUGUUGCCUUUAACCACUGGUUAGCAUCUUCAGUGCUUUGAAAUAGAUUUCUGGGGACAGAAUUCUUGGUGUGGCACUCAGUCAAACCUUCUCUGAAAAAUUUUGAAGACAGUUUCAAAUUGCACCAUUUGAGGUACAGUUCUUAAAGCACAAAAGACGUGGAAAUGAAGGGAGCUUGGCCUUGCCUCCUGAGUGGCUGUUCCCUGUGGGACCUCAUUAGACACUGAGCUUUUUUGCAUGACCAUUUCAAAGGAGUCAUCAAGGUAAUCAUGACAGGAUUGAAAUCUUCUCAGUAGUCACUCAGUCAACCACAAGACUCCCAUAAAACAUGACUCACUCUUGAGAGCUAUACUAUUUUGUAAGCUUACUUCCUGUUGCAAUACUCCAUUUCCCCAAGGGUAAUAAAAAGGGGAGAAGGAAGUCAUACAGCAUUGGAAAAGCAUUUCUGUGACUUAGAUAUAAUAAAUCUUCAGGAUAGAAAAAAAAAUGUUCUCUAUCCUGAAAGUUUUCUGCACCAUCCUUUCAACUCUACUGGGCAUUUGACGAUUGACAUUCAAGAGAUCACUGACUAAACUUCCCUAGUCUUGAAAGAAAAUGUCCAUAAUCAAAAUCUCUUCUCAAACCUAUCUUGUUGAUUUUCUUGUUCUUCCCUCAAGUGUUUUGAGUCUAUCACAAAUCCUGACAACAUUCUAAGGCCUAUGAUUCCUCUUAACAAAUCAGGACUUUGGCAGUUUUCCCUCUCCUAAGACAAUCUUUCCCGCACGGGAUUACUUUGUCCAUUUCCCACUAAACUCAUAAGUGCAUCAACAAAAUCUCAAAGGACCCAGGUAGGCAAGGCAGGCCAGAGUCCAUGUUGUGUGUUGGGUGUUAAGCUCUUUGUUAAGAAGGUCUGCAACAGGCAUUUGGUGUGGGUUCUGCCAGAGACUGUUGUGAACACUUUGCUUGAGAUUCGUGCCCUGUAAAAUGGAUAUGAUGUUUUACUGAUGUCUGUAAUACAUUUGUAAACUUCCAAUAAACUUUGAAUAAAUGAA